CAUAGAGCAGUCACAUGACUCUCAGCAUACCUUACCAGGAAGAGAGAGACAUUGCUGCUUGAGGCAAAGUCCCGGAAGAAGAGAGGCCAGUCGUGUGACAGUUCAGAUCAGCUGUGUACAGCUGAAGCCUCAGGCAAACAGUCUUUCAUGUGCAUGUCUUCUGUUAGAAAUGCAUCCCUUAUCAGUGACUCUGUUCCUGGUCCUGGUCUCUCUGACUGUGACUCUGGACAAUGGACUGCUGAGGACUCCACCUAUGGGAUGGAUGGCUUGGGAACGCUUUCGCUGUGACCUUGACUGUCAUGAUGACCCAGAGAACUGCAUCAGUGAAGAUCUGUUCAGAGACAUGGCUGACCGGAUGGCUGAGGACGGCUGGAAGGAGCUGGGUUAUGAAUAUAUAAUCAUAGACGACUGCUGGAUGUCCAUGCUGAGAGAUGAACAAGGAAGGCUGCAGCCUGAACCCUCCAGGUUCCCAGGGGGCAUUGCAAAACUGGCAAGGUACAUCCAUGACCGUGGUCUGAAGCUGGGCAUCUAUGCAGACAUGGGCACUCACACGUGUAUGGGAUUCCCUGGCACCACGCUAGAGAAAAUCGAGAUUGAUGCCCAGACCUUUGCCAGCUGGGGAGUAGACUAUCUAAAGUUUGAUGGCUGUUACUCUAAUCCUAUAGAACAAAUGUUGGGUUACCCUCUGAUGUCCAAGGCUUUGAAUGCUACAGGCAGACCAAUAGCCUACUCCUGUAGUUGGCCUGCCUAUCUCGGAGGACUUCCACCUAAUGUGAACUACUCUCUGCUGGGGGAUAUUUGUCACUUGUGGAGGAAUUACUAUGACAUCCAGGACUCAUGGGACAGUGUGCAGGGCAUCAUAGAGUGGUUCUCAAAUAACCAGGAUGAUUUGCAGCCAGCUGCGGGGCCUGGACGAUGGAAUGACCCUGACAUGCUCAUCAUUGGAAACUUUGGUCUCAGUGUGGACCAGGCUCACUCUCAGAUGGCUCUGUGGGCCAUAAUGGCUGCUCCUCUCAUCAUGUCCAAUGACCUUCGAAACCUGGACAACAGCGCCAGGGCCAUCCUGCAAAACAAAGUGGCCAUCGCAAUCAACCAGGACCCUAUUGGUGUCCAGGGAAGACGCCUGCUGCAGGAGAAGAGCCAUAUUGAGGUGUACUGGAGGCCUUUGUCUCAAUCAGCCAGCUGCCUGGUGUUCCUGAGCAGACGGACAGACAUGCCCCACCUCUACCACACCUCCCUGGCUAAACUCAACUAUGAAGCUGGCAACUAUCAGGGUGCUGUGUCCAGUGUCCUCCCUCUGCCCCCACCACUCACCGUGGAUUUGUAUAGAUUGAUGGCGUGAGGGACAAAGCAGAUGUCCCUCCUUCCUGUCUACUAAUCAACACACUAAAGUCAAUUUUAUUUGGCCCAUACUCUGAUUUCUUAUCUGAAUUUUCUGAGUUCCUGUCAAGUUUGGUACUUAAAACAGUUGAAGUCUUUAUAGUAGGUGACUUCAUGUGGAUGCCAACAAUGACAGCCUUAGCUCUGCAUUUUCCUCAUUACUAGACUGUAUUGGCUUCUCUCAGUGUGUAAACAAACCCACUCAGCCACACUCUUGAUCUUGUUUUAGCCUAUAUGUAAUAGUCUUCCCACAGAAUCCCCUUCUAUCAAACCACUUUUUAUUCACUUUUGAAUUCAUAUUGCUGGAUUAUGUACAAUCAGAAAAAAAAAAAAAAAAAAAAAGGUCCGUGGUUCAAUUCUCGAACCUGAAACAAAUAGCACAUAGGCUGCCAUUCCACCAAACUGGAAGAAUCCCGCUUAGCCUGGCAAGAUAGUCUCAAAAGAUAUAAAAAGCCUUCUGUAAUGCAAGAGGUGCCUAUUACUCGUCAUUAAUAGAGGAUAAUAAGAAUGACCCUAGGUUUCUUUUCAGCACUGUAGCCAGGCUGACAGAGAAUCACAGCUCUAUAUAGAUCCAUGCAUCCCUAUAACCCUCAGCAGCAAUUAUUUAAUGAACUUUUUUAAUGAUAAAAUUUCCACCAUUAGAGAUCAAAUUAAUCAUAUCCUGCCCUCAACCAGCACUGAUUUCUAUCAAAACAUAGGAUCCAUAGACUCAACUGCAAAACCUAACCUUUACUCUUUUGCUCCCAUCGACCUCCCCCAGCUCACAUCAAUUAUUUCAGCAUCUAAACCUUCAACAUGUCUCUUAGACCCCAUUCUAACUAGGCUGCUUAAGAAAGCUUUGCCCUUAAUUUGCAAGUCUGUAUUAGAUAUGUUAAAUCUGUCCUGGUGACAGGUUAUGUGCCGUAGUCGUACAAAGUAGCUGUACCUCUUCCAGACAUAUUAGCCAAUUACAGACCUAUAUCUAACCUCCCCUUUCUUUCCAAAAUCCUAGAGAAAGCAGUUGCAAAACAGUUGUGCGACUUUCUACAGGAUAAUAGUUUGAGGAUUUUCAGUCAGGAUUUAGAUUGUGUCAUAGCACAGAGACAGCACUUGUAAAAGUUAUGAACGACCUCCUAAUUGCAUCAGACAACAGACUUGUUUCUGUACUUGUCUUGUUAGAUCUCAGUGCUGCUUUUGAUACGAUUGACCAUCACAUCCUUUUACGGAGACUGGAACACUUUAUUAGCAUUAAAGGAACUGCACUAAACUGGUUUAAGUCCUAUCUAUCUGAUAGGCUUCAGUUUGUACAUGUUAACAACUACUCCUCCAUGUACACAAAAGCUAGACAUGGAGUUCCACAAGGGUCAGUGCUUGGUCCAGUUCUCUUCACCUUGUAUAUGCUUCCCUUGGGCAAUAUUAUCAGGAAACACUCCAUAAAUUUCCAUUGUUAUGCAGAUGAUACACAGCUUUAUCUGUCAAUGAAGCCUAAUGAAACGAAACCUGCUCUAUAUGAAAAGUGCCUUGAGAUGACUUUUGUUGUGAUAUGGCGCUAUAUAAAUAAAAUUGAAUUGAAUUGAA